CCUCCUCCUGGAUUUCCUCCCCGCUGCUGCUGGUUGGCUACAUUGUAUCAGUUCCCACACGAAGAACUACCACGGCACUCAUCCAGAAACGGUGAAUACGGAGGAAUUAACCUGGAUGGAAAGCUAUUCGCUGUGGGAUUAAUUGCCAGAAGGUCGCGGGAGAGGACUGGACUUGUGUCGGGCUUGAGACGGCACCGAUAAAAAUGCCCUCAGGACUCGGGUUGUUUUCGAUGAGGACGGUAUCUCGAAGUGUGAUGGCAGAAGUCCAGUGAAUCGCUGGCCUCCCCUCCUCUCUUGUGUUGGGUGUCUUGGGGAGUGCGCUGCCACUGCUUUCUGGUGCUUCAGAUUUUUUUUUGUAGAGGUUUUAUUCUACUUCACACUUAACUGUGAUUUGUUCUUUUUAUGGAGUUCGAACCACCAUGGACAGACCAGGGUUUGGAAUAGGAGUGGCUAGCUAAGUCAGGCACAAUGUGGUUAAAUGGAACAGGAACGAGUAGACCGUGAGGAUUCUCUAGCCCUUGCCCCUGAGUCCCAACCGUCUGAGAGGGUGUCGGACCUCACUGAGGCAAUCCUGGGCCGUUGGCUCUAAAAUGUCCCUAAGUGGUGGCACUGCAGGCGGGAAAGGUGUGGACUCUAAUGCGGUGGACACUUACGAUAGCGGGGAUGAGUGGGAUAUCGGUGUUGGAAAUCUGAUUAUUGACCUAGACGCGGACUUAGAGAAGGACAAACUUGAGAUGUCUGGCACCAAGGACGGCAUGGCGGCACCACCCAGUGCAGUGGCAGCGUUGCCGGACAACAUCAGGUUUGUUAGUCCAGUGUCUGGCUCUCAAGGCAAGGAAAGCAAAUCCAAAUACAAGCGCAGCAAGAACUCUAAAGACAAUAGUAGCAAAGCUUCAGCUGGAGAUGGGGGCAAGAAAGAAGCUACAGGACGGACUCAAGCGGAGCCAACGGGCGUAGCAGCGAGUGCAGGAGCUGCUGGCAACAAUUCCACCUCUGGGAAGAACGUUGAAAAAGGGGGCAAAGCCUCCAGAGGUGUUCUGAGUGGUAAAAAAGAGAAAGAAGGGGCUAGUGGGAAAGGUAAGAAGGACAAAACAGACGGAGCCCCAGUCGUGGCAAUCGCUGCUGCGGAGAAGGAUGUUGUGUCUCAAGCCCAGGUUGCUUUGGGGAAUAGCCGUAACGCGUCCUUUGAGAACACGCAAUCAACAGACUUGGCAGAUGCCAAUCAAAUGGGGAAUAUUGCACUUGAACCUGUAGGGAUAGUACCAGCAUUGACCGCAAAAACUGAACCAGAGGAGGUGGAAAAUGGUAGUAGUGAAUGCAAGACGUUAAAGAAGGUGAAAAAUGAAAAGAUGGAAUCUCCUGUCUCCACGCCAGCUCCUCCCCCCCUCCACCUCCUGGCCACAGUAGGCAACAGUGAGAUUUCCUCGCCGUGUGAGCAGAUAAUGGUGCGCACGCGCUCCGUGGCCGUGAACACAUCUGAUGUGGCCCUGGCUACCGAACCUGAGUGCUUGGGGCCCUGCGAGCCCGGUACUAGUGUUAACCUCGAAGGCAUUGUGUGGCAGGAAACUGAAGACGGCAUGCUGGUGGUUAAUGUCACUUGGAGAAACAAGACAUACGUGGGCACCUUGUUGGACUGUACACGGCAUGACUGGGCUCCCCCAAGGUUUUGUGAAUCCCCUACAAGCGAUCUAGAGAUGAGAAAUGGCCGUGGUCGAGGCAAGCGAAUGAGACCGAAUAGCAACACCCCUAUCACCGAGAACAGUAACUCCUCAGACAACAAGGGCACCAACAACAACAAGACGCGUGCUGCCUCUAACAGCAAGGGCCGAAGGGGCAGCCAGACACCAUCAGAGCGCCGUACCCCGCCUAACAACACUACAGAGGAUAUCAAGGCCAGUCCAUCCUCAGCUGGAAAACGCAAGACCAAACCAGCCUCGGACAUGGAACCCAAUUCCAGCUCCGAGGACACCAAAGGCAACAAACGUAUGCGUACAAAUUCCAACAGUGGAGGGGUGGGACCAACAGGUCUCCCUAUUCCUUCUAUUAAGACUGAGCCACUUCCACCUCCCCUCGAUCGCAGCUGCCCCUCUCCAGUUCUUAUUGACUGCCCGCACCCUAACUGCAACAAAAAGUACAAGCACAUCAAUGGUCUCAAGUACCACCAAGCCCGCGCUCACAAUGAUGAUGACAUUAAGUUGGAAAUAGAUGGAGAGAGUGAAUAUGGAGAGGACUCAACUCUCCACCCUGAACCAGGGAACUGUAAUGGAGCCUCUAUCUCUCAGAAAGGAUGUUUGUCUCCAGCACGUUCAGUUACUCCAAAAGGCAGGAACUUUGAUGCACAAAGUCCUUCACCAUCUCCUGGCAAGUUUGGUUCAAAGCAGAGUAAAAAGAAAAUUGCUGAGGCUGAUCCAGAGGUGGGAGGUACUCCGACAGACGGGUGUGAAGAUGGGCCAUGCCUUACUGAUGAGGCCAGUAAUGAUGGCAUAGAUGAUAAGAGAGGAUCAGACAAGUCUAAAAAGGCUGGCACAAAGGCGGAUAAAAUGCCCCAGAAAAACAUUAAGUCACCACGGUCUGUUGGCCCUGGCUCGACAGCAUCCCAGCAGAUGUACCCUUUUCCUCCUGGAAACCCAAAUUGUUCCCCGGGGCUUACCCCAAUGAUACAAGGGAUUCCCAAGAGUCCCCAAAUGAAGGGCACACAGCCUAAACCCCCUGUCAUCGGAGAUUCUGCCUCAAGUAGCUCCAAAGACAAGAAAAAGAAAGACAAGAAGAAAAAAGAUGGUGGGAAGGAGGCUGACAGCCCCAAGCCUCCGGGAAAGGGAGGGAAACAGGAGGACGGAAAGCUGACAUACUCUGAACCUUCUGAUCAAGGCAAUAAGGGGGAAGGACUCCUCAAUGGUUCCUCAGAUCCUCAUCAGAGUCGUUUGGCCAGUAUCAAGGCUGAGGCUGACAAAAUUUACAGCUUUUCUGACAAUGCCCCUAGCCCAUCCAUUGGUGUAGCCAGUCGGAUAGACGGCAGUGGGAUGCCACAGCCUCUCACGCCACUUCACGUAGUGAACCAGAAUGGUGCGGACAACUCUUCAGUCAAAACCAAUAGCCCAGCGUAUUCAGACAUUUCAGAUGCUGGUGAGGAUGGUGAAGGAAAAAUAGAAGGCGUGAAAGUCAGGACAGAGGACCAAGGCAUCAGGGAAAGUGUCAAAAAAGCGCUCUUUCCAAACCCGACACCCAACAAAGAUUCCCCGUACUAUCCCGGCUAUGAGACGUAUUACUCGCCCAAUUACGUAAACCCCAGUCCUGGUGGGCCCAAUCCAGGAACGCCAGUGGCUGAAGGUCAGGUUAAGAUCAAAAGGGAAGAGGAGCAGGACCAAGUUGAGGAAAAAGUCAAGGUUGAGGUUCAUGAAGACCGCAAACCUGACAUCAUUGCUCCUGGCCAGCAGCAGCAGCAGCAGCAGCAACAACAACAACAACAACAACAACAACAGCAGCAGCAGCAACAGCAGCAGCAGCAACAACAGCAACAACAGCAACAGCAUCAACAGCAACAGCAUCAACAGCAACAACAACAACAGCAACAACAGCAGCAGCAGCAACCCUCAGUCAUCCAACAGCGAUCCAACAUGUACAUGCAACCUCUUUACUACAACCAGUAUGCUUAUGUGCCCCCAUAUGCAUACCAUCCCGAUCAAGCCUACCAUAACCACUUAAUGAACACCAACCCAGCCUACCGGCAACAGUACGAGGAGCGGCAGCGACAGAUGGCUGAACAGCAUCGUGCUGAGAAGAAGUCAGACAUAGCCCUAAAAGAACGAGAAGCCUCCAUGAAGGAGGAGUGGAAACAAAAGAGCCCGAUGCCACCAAGCCUCUCCAAAGCCCCAAGUCAGUCAGACCUUGGAAAGACGCCGCAGCCCCCAAGCAAAUCCAGGGACUCACCCUCUGAGCCCUCCUCCAAAUCACUUGGAAGCCUAAAGGGGGAGGACCCAAAGUCCCAGCAAGCUGAGGGGCUAAAGAUGAAGCUGACUGAAGGGGGGCACCAUGGAAAGGAAGACUCCAAGCAAGCACUGGAGUCCAGAGGUCAAGCAGGGAUGGAGCAGGCCAUGUGGUACAGACAGCAGUACCCCGAGAGCCAGAAGCCCCAAGCAGAAGACGAACACCAGCAACAACCACCUCGAUGGAAAGAUGAAAGGGACAGAGAACGGGAACGGGAUCGUAAAUUAAAGGAUGACAGGCCCAGGCCCAAGGACAGUCAAAGUGGGCCCAAGGAGGACGGCAAAGAGGGUAGUGAUCCCAGAAUCACUUCUGAGGACCACCGGGCCAUGAGCAAAGACUCUCGUUCUAAUCCACACAUGCAGUUCUCAUCACCACUAGCACAGCACCAAGGCUACAUGCCCUACAUGCAUGGUUACCCCUAUGGACAAGGCUAUGACCCCAACCACCCUGGAUACAGGGGCAUGCCCGCAGUCAUGAUGCCGAAUUACCCAGGUUCGUACCUUCCUGGAGGCUAUCCGUUUUCUCCAUAUGGCAAUAAAAUGGCCGGAGCCGAGGAAGGCGGCGACAAAUCUCGCGCUAGCCCUACUGUCACCAAAACGGCAGCGGACUCCAAAGCCCUGGAUAUCCUGCAUCAGCACGCCAGCCAAUACAAGAGCAAAUCCCCCACAGUGGGUGACAAGCCACCUCAUGAGAGGGAAAGGGAGCAGGACAGAGGAGCUGGUGGAGACAGAGAUCGGGAAAGGGAGAGGGAAAGAGAAAGAGACAUGGACCGACCACGCUCCUCACCCUCCCAGCGCAUCAUGCCCUCGCACCACCACCUGGGAUACCCCCUGCUCUCAGGGCAAUACGACCUGUCCUACGCCACAGGUCUCUCCUCAUCAGCUAUUGUUGCCAGCCAACAAGCAGCAACCCCUUCCCUCUACCCGCCACCACGGAGGUGAGAACGGGAAACCUGACCGUCACACCUCAACCCUGCAAAGAUUCAUGUGACUGGCUCACAUGAGAAGAAAGUCUCCCGGGUGUUACCUUUUUUAGACAUCAGUUGAAUGGUGUUUCAAUCUAUAUUUUUAGUUCGUCUGCCACGAGGCUAGGCAGAUUGUCGUUUUGGUUGUUUUUUUUUUUUUGUCCUCCCCUCGUUAACGAACCCCAAAUUUGUCCAAACGUUGGACUGUAACAGAACUGAUAAUAACCCAGGUUCAAAGCCAUCACUCUGCCUCACCAUGCAGAGGAAACACCAACCCCGCUGAUUAUCUAGUCUUUGCACUGUCAACAAAUACAAUGCAAAAAGAGACUAUUGGACUGCCAGAACAGCUUUUUUUGUUUUCUUUUUCUUUCUUUGACUGCAUUGUUUUAUGUUUGUUUUUUUGUCACACGCAGAAAGAAAUUGGCAGGGGAUUUUAUUUUUUUGAUGAGUUGGGUGGCUGAUGGGAAAGGGGAGUCAAACUAAAUUAAAGACUGAAAAGAAAAAGUGAAUCAUAUUGAAAUGAUUUCAACUCUAUGUCUUUGGCUUAUUGUAUGCCGUGAAACAACAGUACAUCCUUAACUUGACACAUGUUUUGGCUAUAUUUUGUGGGGGAGGGGGAAUAUGGCAACAGCUGCUUUCUUCAGAGACUUGAGAGCCUGAGACUGAAGUUUUUUUGUUUUGUUUUUUGUUUUCCAUCAUCAUUGUCAAUAUCCAUCCUCCUUUGAACCCUCAGUUCUUGUUUCAGGGAUGAUGAUGUCGUCAUGUUUUUUUGCGAAGGGACCGCACACACCUCAAUGGAGAAUAAACACUAUUCAUGUUUUCUUUUUCUCAGUAAUACUUAACACUUGUACUCCAUAUCAUUGUGUUCAUCCUUGAAUGUGUCUGAUGCUGGUAUGAGUCCUGUUUUCCUCACAAUGAAAGCGUCACAUCUGUCGUUGCACUCAAACGGUGAAGCCACAUUAGCAAGCGGUUAAUUCGCGGGGAGUUGCCAUCGCUGCAUUUUGGCCACUUGUUGUUUUUUUCUUUAGGUUUUUACUGUAAGCUUGUGCUUCAUCCAGCUCGUCGCAUUUGAUCGUUUUCCGUUUCUGUAAACAAUGUGAAAUUUCACUCAACUUGUGUAUUUCUUCUGCUGUAAUAUAGACUUUUUGCCUACUUUUAUGUGCAUAAAUGUUUAUAUUUAUCCCCCGCACGCAACUGUUU